CAUCGCGACCAUCAACACCUUCCGGCACCAUUUACUCAAACACGGGCAUAGAAAACACACAAAUUCUCCAGUCCCCAUCUGCGCAUCAGCAUAUCCAUAAGUCCCGAUCUAUGAACGACAUCGCACUAACACCGGCGGCUACCCAGGUUCAAAAGCAGAAAAAAGCAGUCGCCAUGGCGUCAGCCUCUGUGAAAGCCUCUGGCAAGUUGCUAGUCAAGUACGUAUCCGGCGCGAUCGUCGAUAUCCCACUAGCGGCUGCAGAGGACUUUCGCGCUCUACCCUAUCUGUAUGGAGACAAGAUUCACGAUUACGGCCAAGUAAGAACUGGAAAAUUGGAACAAUGGCUGGAGCUAUGCCCUUUGCCUUUGGGGAUUGGCGAAGGAAUGACGAAUAUCUUUUACUAACCGUAUAAGAUGGCGAGAGAUAAUGGAGCGAAGGGUUUGCGAUGGGGUUUCUGAAGGGCAGUUUUGGGGCGGUUGGAAAAUAGCUCACGGUAAGUGAGAUCUCACAUACGGGGUGGGAAAGUAGUGCAAUUG